AAAAGCUGAGAAAGUUGUGCUUCGAAGAAAUGAAGCAGAGACUGCAAGACAUCGAGGCACAGGAACAAGAAGGUCAACAGUACGAGGUGACAUGCCCUGCUCUGAAAACCACAGUCACUGCUACUAGGCCUGAAAUGGCAGCCAAGAAGGUGGGCAUCAUUCUCCAUGCAGGUGGCUUCCUGCAUACCUAUGCAAGUGGGAGUGCACCAUACUUCUUGAGCGUAGAAGACAAGGAGCUGGACAAAACAGUGCACAUUGAUUAUCAUGUCUGGUACAUAGAAGACAAGGCAAAGGUACCAUGUAUUGUUUGCAAACCAGUUUUUGUAAAAAUGGCCCAACACCACAAUGUACAUCCCGCCAGCAACAAUGACUGUGAUCAUGAACCGACUUUAAUAGAUGCCGACAUCUCCGAUCCACUGGAGGAGUGUCUGAAGCGUGUGUUUGGCUUAAACUCUUUCAGGCAAGGCCAAAUAGAAAUUGUGACAGCUGUCCACAAUGGAGGAAACACCUCUAUCAUCAUGCCAACGGGAGGCGGGAAGACACUGUGUUUCUCUCUUCCCGCUGUUCUAAGGAAAGGGGUUACCUUUGUCAUUGUUCCGCUGGUGGCACUUGGUGUCGAUUUACUGAGAAGAUACCAAAACUGUUCGAUUCCUUCUGUGUUCAUUUCUCACCUUAGUUCAGACGACAGCAUUCAGAAGAUCCUCCAUGACCUAAACAGCGACUCACCACAAACCAAAAUUAUCAUCACCACACCGGAAAGUCUUCUCGGCAAAGACAGGAUCUGGAGGGCCGUCCUUGGCCUUAAGGAGAGGAAUCUUCUUGAAAUGGUGGUGAUAGACGAGGCUCACUGUAUGGAUGAGAUGGGACACGAGUUUCCGACCUACCUCGAACUUUCAAAAAUUGCUGAACUGAACACUCAAAUCGUCGCGGUCACUGCCACAGCCACACCAACAACUAAGGAUUUCAUCACAAAGCACUUGGACAUGGGAAACUGUACAGUCUUUUCAUCUUCAGUUGACAGGAAAAACAUUGAGUACUCUGUGAGGCCAAAGGGAAAAUCAAAAGAAUCUACAGAAGAAAUGGUGUGUAAAGUGGUUUCAGACUUCAUAGGUCAAGCAGGGAUCGUAUACUGCCAAACGGUUUGCGAAGUGAAAGACAUCCACUACAGGCUACAGGAGAUUGGUGUCAAAGUGGUGAAGUACCACGGUGCAGGGACAGGGCAGAAUGAGGCUGAAGGGAGGCAGGCUUUGACUGACUGGCAAAGAGGCGUGAAGGACGUUUUAGUUGCAACAAAGGCUGCAGGGGCAGGACUAGACAAACCUGACGUAAGGUUUGUCGUACACCUGGGGUGCCCCUCCUCAAUCCCGGACUACCUUCAGGAGUCGGGGCGUGCAGGAAGGGACGGAAGACUUGCCAAAGCCAUACUGUUCUUUAAGCCAGAGGACAAGGCUCUACACAUUAAGCGGAUCGGUGAAGUACAGAAUGAACAGUACAGAAACCAUGCCCUUCAGAGAUUAUCAGACAUGAUUCACUUCUGCGAAACAGAAUGGUGUAGAAGAAAGCUAUUGCUCGAAGCGUUUGCUGAAGACACUGUGCAAUUCAGUUGUAAUAAAACAUGCGACAACUGCCAAAGCCCAACGGUGGCAAGAGAAGUCCUGCUGAACAGAGAGGCUGCUGCUAUGGUGAGAUGCCUGUCAGCAAUCCGCCACACAGUGCCACAGCCUCCGCCCUCCCUUCUUGCCAGAGUCUUCCUAGGACUAGGGACGGGUAAAGAAGUAAAGCAGCUCAAACUGGAUGAGCUUCCUGAGUUCGGACUGGGACAGAAUUCCGGUUUUAAUCUGAAGUUGUGCCAGAAAUUCAUACGUAUCCUUACAAGAAUGGACAUAUUAAAAGAGGUUAUAGUGCCUAAGAGUCCCACACAUAAGUUCUCGUCUAUGUAUAUGUUCCCAGGGAGGAUGGCGGAAUCCGCUAUUCAGAAUGAUAUAGCUGUAACAAUGUUCACAAGGUAGAGUAUUUUAUGUCUAUUUAUGGAGAUACUGCAUGCUAUUCUUAUUUGCAGAUAGGGUAUUGUAGAUAAUGUUCCCUGCAUCGGUUUUUUUCUAUACUUCUGAAGUUCAUUUGACAACAAUGAUCACACUCCUUUACAUUUAGGAUCGUAGAUAGUUUCCUGUCACUGUGUAAAUAUCCAAUUGUUUUUUGUAUCUGUUAACGCAUCUAUUGCAGCAUCACCUGUGCUGUGCAAUGUGAAACUUUGGGACCACAUUCUCAAGAAGUAGAAGAAAAGUGCGUGUUACACUAUUGUACUGUACGUUUGGGACCGCAUUGUAGAUAUUGUUCCCUGUAACUGUUUGUUUUUCUUUUCUUCAUUUGACAACAAUGAUGUAUAUAUCACGCUUCUUUACAUUUGGGACCACAUUGUAGAUAUUGUUCCUGUAACCUUGUAAAUAUGUAAAUAUUUUGCAUCUAUUGCAGCAUCACCUAUGCUGUGCAAUGUGAACUAGUCAGAUUUGCCCUGAGGAAGGUGACAAGUAGUCACCAAAAUGUUGGCCGUGAAUAAAACUCCUGGUUGUGUAAAAUGAUUCUCUUCAUUCCAUGACUUACCAACCUGAUGAUAAAAAGAUUCUAAGAUAGUAA